CAGUGACAUGUAUACUCACACACACACACACACCAUGUACUGGGGGUAACUCACCACAAUGUCCUCAAAUUACAGAUCCAUUUUCCCAGCAGUUCCAGUCUUGUCACGUGCCGAGCCAGCGACCAGUUGCUACAUGCAGCUCCCAUCUCCAGUGCCAAAGGAGAGCACUCUGCAUAUGUGCUAACUUACCCGACUGAAGAUUUUGAUAAAGGCAUCAGCUCGGUCGGUCGGACUUGAACCUGUGCCUCUCCUCCAUCUCAGUGAAAACCUUACGACACUUCUGUUCCCCACACAGAGAGGGAGACUAUCCAUUGGUGUGCACUAUAUGUGUUUUCAUUGUUCUCAUCCACUCGAAGUGCUUCACUCCUGAUGCAGUGUGAAGUUAACAGGCCACAAUGUUUUCCCACAAUCUGGCAGAGCCACAGAGCAGAGAGGGCUGUGAGGUGUGACGGCCGUGCAGCUGGACGUGAAAUGAUUCUAACAGUCGUCGAGAGCACAGAGGAUUCUCAGUUCCAUAAACAACUCACGUUGUACCCCUAACAUACCUGCUGUGCCUACUCUACCCAUAAACUAACAAUAGAGAUUGUGGCAUAAGUUAGUCUGAAUGUCUUUGCAUUACAUACCAUGAUUCAGAUCAGCCAGGCAUUCAAGAAGCAAUAAACCAACAUUUGUAAUUUCUGCUUUAAUGGCCAGUAUCCAUUUGAAGAUUUUAUGAGAAUCUAUUUACUGACUGAUGGAGAUGUACUUAUGCCUGUAGAACAUACGUUAUGUAUGUAUGAAUGCAUGUAUGUUGAUGUAUGUAUGUAUGUAUGUGUGUAUGUUGAUGUAUAGAUGUAUGUUUUUAUGUUGAUGUAUGUAAACAUACGUUGAUUUACUGACAGAUAGGGAGUCAUUACUUGAGAUUCAGAGGAACUUGUGGUUUGAAGUGUGGUGACAUCACUGACGUUUUGAGCAGGCUGAGUGGUACAGCCCACAUGGGUAUUCAUUAUAACCUUUACUAAUCUCCAUUAUUCUGUCCGUUCCGGCCAUUUGAAAGAGACACAUCAUAUUUGUAAACACAAACAAAUUAAGGGUGCAAGAAAUUUUAUAGCAUAACCAUGCUCCUCAGAAACUUAGCAACUGAGCCACCGAACUCCAAGCCAUACCAGGGAGUACGAGUCAAAGAUCCUGUGAAGGAACUGCUGAGGAGAAAAAGAGGAAGCCACAACCCUAACAGCAUCAAAACAUCCCCCCCUACCGCUGUGGUGAUUCCAAACAGCAUUUUGCCAUCAUAUACUCAUGUUGGGCCUUCAGGUGUUGUGGAGGGUAGGCCCAGUGGUGUUGGUGGUGAUGUGGUGACGGAUGCUGGUGCUCUGUACCCUGGAUGGCUGGCCCAGCCUGCACCUCCCACCCUGCAACAGGUGAGCCACUGGGCGCCCUCGGACUACCUCCAGUCCGACACCGUCCCCAUCCCCGUCUCCUCCUCCGUCUUCUCCUCGGACAUGUACGUCCAGCAGGUCUGUCCGAGCUACACCAUGGUGGCACCGUCGUCCCUGCUGACCCUGACACACACGCCGCUCUUCACCAACAUGGCCAUAACUCCAACCUCAGCAGCAUUGCCGACGGUGGAUUUCCACGACGCGUCCCUGACUUACAUCCCCUGGCCACAACCCCUGGCCACUCUCCCCAGCCCUGUCAUUCAGUACCCGUCCUGCUCCGCCAGCGCCGUGCCCCACAUGGUGACCUCUGUGACCCCCGUGGCCCCCGUGCCCACGGAACACCUCGUGGUGCCCGAGCUGCCUGAGUCUGACCCUCAGGAGAUGGAGGAGCCUAACCCGCUGGAGAAGCUUCUGGAAGAUAACCCCAAAGACUCCUACGUCUGCAGCCCCUCCCUCUUCACCCAAGAGGUGUAAAAGCCUGCCAGAGCCCAACAUCUGGGGGUUGCCUUUUUCUCCUCCUCUCUCCUCAUGUUAUGCUGUAUUUUUCAAAUGGCGCCGCAGAUGGCUGCCUCAGUACUCUAACCGGAGUCAAAUUCCUUAUUUGUUUACGCAAACCUGGUCAAUAAAGCUGAUUCUGAUUCUGAUUCUGAACAUGUGCCCCAACAGAAAUAGUGUUCAGACAAGUUUGUACUAGGAAAUUGGUUGUGUUUUAGGACUAUCUGUUACAGUAGCUUUGUGCACAGGUAAGGAGUGCCUGCUCGUGUUCUUGCUUUUACUGUGAUCAAUGAUGUGUGUCAUCCUCUUAUGUAUGGGGCUCUAUGUUUGUCCAAGAACAUCUGAUAAGAGAUGUUUGUCUACAAAUCUGCUAUUGAUACAUUGAUUAUCUUGUUGUGAUUGAUUAGGAUACAUUUUUUUUUUCAAUACUUUUUUAGGAUAAAUUUAUUUUGUUCACAAAUAUAGUGCAGAGUCUACUUUGUUGAAGUUAUUUCCAAGAUAUGCUUUUUUAUGCCAUGCCUUCUCAUAUUUCUAUUUAUGAAAGGAUGAUGUUUGCAUUAUGGAUAUAAUGUAUAUAAUGUUUCUUACAUCCCUGCUUCCUCUUGCAUGUAUUCAUCUUAGGAAAUAUGUCACUGUGUAACCAUUAGUGCUUAUUUCAUCAAUGAAGUAUCCACCCAACUUCAUUAUCAUCAGUUGGUGACGUCUUUGAAUUAACUUAAAAUUGCCUGGAUGUUUGACAAAAUAAAAUGAUUUUUUUUCAUUUCUGCAAAUCAAUGUCUGAUAUUUUUGUCAUUGUCCUCAUGAUGCUCAAAUGGCAUGUGAUAGAUACUGAGCAGUAGCCACUUAACUUGAAAUAAAUGCUUACUUCAUUGUA